AUGUCGGGGAAAGGAGAAUGCAGCGCAUGGGGUGGCAAAACCGCCUGGGGAAGGAAGGAAGAGGAUUGUGAGCCGAUCGUUUCUUUCGUGGAGAUAAUGAGUGAAGAUCUAGCUGAGACUUUGAACGAAGAGGAACGUCGCAAGGAGCAGGAACUCUUGGCAGCGAUUGCUGAAAGCGAAGCUGCGCCGGCGUACAGCAACGACGAGGAGAUGGCGAGGGAACUUCAGCGGCAGUUCGACCGUGAAUACGAGCUCGCUGUGAUUCUGGAGCAGGAGAAAAAGGGAAAGGCAGCAGCCACUGUCACAGUAACUCCUGAUCGCUACUACCCGAAAACGGCUCAAGAUUCUGACCUCUCGAGUGAUGACGAAGAUGUUAGACAAUUUGCCACCGAUUCGCUUUACGCUAAGUUAACCGAUGAUGUACCAACACCAACACGCGGUCCUGUGUUCCGCAAUGCGGAAGGAGAUAUGGUCACGAAACACGAUGCGAAUGCUUCGGCAAGACGAAACGCUGACAAAGCCAUGAAUGACAAAGUCAAUCUGGCAUUUGGUGACAUGCACAAGGAAAGUCAAAUGCAAAUCAACAGUCGUGUUUUCAAUUCGCUUCGUAAUUUCUCGAAGAGCGAGACAAAGCGCCAGCAUAAGCUCAAAGACAAGGAGGAAAAAGCUACUAUCGAUACUUCUAUGGAUGCGGUAACACGAUUACAUUUGUUCAAAUGGAUCAAUCAGGGCAUCUUUGAUAGCGUUGAAGGAAUCAUAGCGACUGGAAAG